AACGUUUUAUUCCGCUCGGAACAUAAUUUUUGGCCGACAAGCCUUCAUUAAUUUGGAUUUUUAACAAGUUUCUCCCAUUUGAAAUAAGUUGAAUAUAGUGAAUUAUUAAAGAGAAAAUAAAAUUUUUUGAGUCUGAAGUAAAAGCAAACAAGGAAAGUGUGAAUUGGAAGGGUUUUAAGUGAAAAAGAAGUCUACGCGAGGUUCGCGAAUAAAAAUGGCAAAUCGGUUUGACAAUCAACAGCGCAAGAAGCCAUUGCCUACCGAGCCACCGUAUCUGGCAUUCGUCGGGAACUUACCCCAGGGAGUUGUUCAAGCCGAUGUUGUUCAGAUCUUUAGCGAGUUGACGGUGAAGAACGUGCGAUUGGUGAAGGACAAAGAAACGGAUCAAUUUAAGGGAUUCUGCUAUGUAGAGUUUGAAACACUUGAGCAACUAGAAAAAGCUGUUAACUUUGAUGGCCGAAUCGUAUUGGACAGUAAUCCACAACCGCUAAGGAUCGAUAUUGCAGAGCAGAAGAAAAACGAUCGUUUUAACAACCGUCGUGGUGGACAGAUAGGUGGAGGAGGUCAAAACAUGCGUGGACGUAAUAAUUACAAUGAUCGUGGUGGGCCGAGUACUCGAGGAAACUACAGUAAUGAUAGUAACUAUCGAAGAAAUGAUAACUACGAUGGACAAAACAUGAGAGGAGGUCGUAACAAUUUUAAUGAUCGCGGUGGAGGAAACCGUGGACGCUACGGCAACUUCAACGAUGAUCACAAUCGUGAUGAUGGCAGAUUCGGUGGUGGACGACAACAUUAUGGACAUCAAAAUCGCGGAGAAGGAAAUCAUUAUGGGACGCGUGAUGAUAGAUACAAUAACUAUGGUGGUGGGAAUCGUGGCUCUCACAGCAGAGGUGGGGGAGCCGGUGGCUUUGAACAAGAGCGAAGAACGAGCGAAAGCAUGUCACAGCUUUCGCUUGAAGAUCGGGACGCUGGUCGACCAAAGUUGAACUUGGCUCCUCGCACAGUCAAGGAUCCGGUUAACGCUCUCGCUGAAACUAGGCAAGCUGCUGCCAUUUUUGGGCAAGCAAAGCCGCGCGAAGAAAAAAUCAAAGACGAGGAGGGAACAGUUGAAAAGGCUGAAUCUUAAAUGACUUUCUUCGUCGCAUCAGCUAAAUUAUGCUGAGUUGUCUACAAAAAGAAAAAUAAUUGCGUUUUGAUUUAAUUUAGCAAACCAUCGUGGUAAUUAACUUUAUUAUUUUCGUCAUAUGUCGAGUUCUGUAUCGAGCAAUGUUCGUUGUUUUCAACGAUCAUCAACUCAUCCGCGAUCAUCCCUCAAAUGAAACUGAAGAAACUUUGUGUAGCUUUUAAGACGAUGUAACUGUUUGUGACAGUUUCUUUUUCCUUUCUUUUUUUUUCUUAUAUUUUCCGCCCUUUUUAAAGUUUUUUUUAAUAGUUAUUUUCUUCUCAACAUACAAAACCACAUAAUUCUUUAUAAUUAUUAUAAUUAUUAUUUUUAUUGUAAUCUUUGAAACAAGAUUUAUAUCGCAAUGGCAUUUUUCGUGUUCUCUAAGAGAUGCCAUGGAAAUUAUUCUAACUUAAAUAUGCUUUUUUUUCAUGCCACAAUGAAACACAUAAUGGAGAAAAUAUGAGAAAUAAAAGUAAUCUUUUAAGGUCAGUUUAGCAAGCGAAUCACUAUCGAUCUCAAUGAUAUGACAAUUUAAGUCAUUGAAAGGAGACGAGAUGUUGAAAGAACUUAUUUUUGAAAUGACUUCAUUAAGUAACAUUGUAUAUAGUCGUCGAAAGAAAAAGAAAGAUGAUUAUUAGUAAUGGCAUAUAAAGAAAUUUACAAUUUCAUAAAUAAAGAUGUACGGUGUUGAUGCUUGUUCUUAUCAUGGUCCCAUCGUAACAACACCAUCUCUUUAUAAAUAAUAAAUAUUGACGAAUUAAAGAAAACUUUCUUCCUUUUUUCACAUCAUUAAGAACAUUCAUCGUUUCUUUUCCUUUUUUUGUUUCACUCUCUAUCAAAAUCAAAGUAAAUAUGUUUCAUUUUGUUGGAUAUUCAAUUAUAAGUGUAGAAGGAAAACAAAAAGAAAAGAAAAUUUGAUGGACUUUAGUUUAAAUAAUGGAAAAUUUGUCUAUUUGAAAAGGAGAAAAACAAAACACAAAAUAACAAAAGAAAAAUGAGAAACAUUAAAAAUAUUUGUAGUGUACAAAAAGCAAAAAGUCCCAAAACAUUAUUAAGCAAACAUACAUACACACAUACAUACACAAAAAGUGGAUUUAAUUAAUUUAAUAUUGAAAGAAGAAAAAACUGAUAAAACUCUUAAUCUUAAUAAAGAAAUG